AUAACAACGCGUGCACGCUUUUUAAACUAUAUAAUGACAUGAUUGAAAAUGCCUUUCUCGCCGCUUGAACUGCUUGAUGAAGACUAUUCAGAGCUUUUUCCAGCAACAGCUGUGAAGUCAAAUGAGAAAGUCGACAAAAAAGAAGGAAAAGUCAAUUCACAUGAAGAGAAUGUUCCUCAAAUUCAUGUAACUGACAAACUAUUUUCCGAUAACUGGAGUUAUAAAGAGGGAUCAAACAUUUCCUCGCCGGUUGUUCAAAUGACUUCUGGAGAUGGAAAUGAACAACUGAGUUCUCCAGAUUAUUCAAAGACGAGUGAAAAUAACCAAAUAUCCGACGAUGAAUAUCUAAAGGCGGAAUGUUUUGGAAUAGAAAAUAGUGACAAGAAGCUAAGUGAGAAGAGUGAAAAACCAGACAGUAAUUCACAACGUAAAUUAUUUCAUCGGACAAAUGAAACAAGUGUUGCACCGACAAGUAAUAAUAAUCUGAAAGAUAGUAGCAUUACAUUCAAUGAAACUAAAGAGAAGGAAAAUGAUAAAGCAAAACUAUCAGACGAUAUAGAACCUGUUAUAAAACCCACUAUACGCACUAGAAGGCAUAAUCCUAGUUCAAACCAACCAACAACUUAUGAUAUUACUUUGACUGAUCAAAAUGAUCAAUCACUUGGUAAUACAUUGGUGAUUACUUCGAAAGAACAACAAAAUAUAAUUAAUAAUAAUAAUACACAAACUACUGAUAUAAUUAUAAAAUCAACUUGUCAAUCAAAUGAUAGUCUAAAAUCAUCACCAAGAUUAUCAUCAAUUAAACGAUCAACUAGUUUAUAUCAUUUAACUAAUCAAAAAGUAUCCAACAAAUCUACACAUCAUAAAUAUCAAAAAAAUACUAAUGAAUAUCCAUUGAAUGCAGUUGUUCUACGUGAUUUAGUUUAUCAAUCUUGGAGUAAUCGUUUAGUUAAAAGUGCACGUAUUGAACGUAUGUCAAAUUUACGUAAUGAAAUUAAUGAAACAAAAAAGGAGAAAGAGAAAUUGGAAAGAGUGAAAUCAAAUGAAAUGUGUUUUCAAGCAUGGAAGCAAAGUAAACAUCAACUUUUAAUUGAUGCAAUUAAAAAACGUAAAGCAGAAGAAUCGGCACAGAAAAAGAAGCUUGAAGAAGAACAGGAACGUAAACUGAACUCACAAAAGGCAUUCAAUGCAUGGAAAGCACAUAAAGAUGAAUCAAUCAUUAAACAACAUCGUGAAAAUUUAUCUAAACAAAAACGUGAACAACAAUCCAAAGAAACAGAACAAAAUGAAAAACAAUAUUUAAAUCAACAAGCAUUUGAAGAUUGGAAAGCCAAAAAAGAUGCCGCAUUAAAACAAAACCUUCAGAGUAAAAGAAAACAUCAAAGUGAAAAAGAAAAACAACUAGAAGAAGCUAAUCGUAUUAAAAUGGAACAAGCAGCUGAAGCUUAUCAUCAAUGGGAAUUAAAAAAGGUUGCAUCAUUAGAGAAUCUUGUUGUCAGCAUCGACCACUCAAAUAAACCAAGCAGAAGACCAUGGAGGCCUCCAUCGAAGACAAUCCCUCCAACUCACUCAUAUAGAAUGUAUUGAAAAUAAGCGUUCCGUUACCACUUGUUAAUUUCGCACUUCAAUCAUGUGUAUAUAAAUAUUUACUUAAGUGAAAGGAAUUCAUUUUCGAAUUAGUCAAAAAAAAGAUCAUUACUACAACUCCGUUGCUACUUCCCGUUUGUUUUCCUGUUUAAAACCUUGUACUCUUCCAAUUUUAUUUUACCAUAUGAUGUCAACUAAUUCAAACAGAUUGGGAAGUUAUUAUAUUUUCUAAAACAAAAUCAGUACACAAUAUUUUGCAUGAAUUAUUGUUGUAUUAAAUAACAUGAUCUCUUUCCUUUCGAAAUAUAUUCAUUUACAUACUACUUGAAUAGUGUCACGAGUAGUUUUAAUAGUGUUUAACCAUAUUUUGUAUAAAAACAAAACAAAAUAAUAACAGUAAAUGUAAUACUCACAGGUGUAAAUAAACAUACCAUUAAAUACAAUUAUUUUGCUCAACAAUUA